AUGGAUAGCCGGCUCACGUCAGCCAAGUACCCGCUCCUGGGCUGGCUUUGCACGGCAGCCGUCCUGUCGGGGUCCCGGAGCUCCGUGGCUCUCGCGGGGAGGAGCUGCGCCGACACCCGGCAGGUGUACGCGGAGAAGGGCUACAGCACCAGCACCGCACCGGUGACUCAAAUCUCCGGCGAGCACUUGAGGCUCUGUCCUCAGGACUACACCUGCUGCUCCAGUCAGAUGGAGGAAACACUGGCGCUUCAGAGCGAACGGGACUUCCUGAAAUCCGUGGAGGACCAUAGCCAGUUCCUGUUGACCACGUUCACCCAGAGACAGCGGCGGUUUGACGAGUUCUUUAGGGAGCUGAUAGACUUGUCUGAGAAGUCCAUGAACCAGAUGUUCACCAAGACCUACGGACGCCUCUUCACGCAGAACUCGCACGUCUUCCAGGAGCUGUUUGUGGAGCUGCGCAGAUAUUAUUCAGGGGGCAGUGUAAGUCUGACAGAGGUUCUGUCGGACUUUUGGUCCACGCUGGUGGAGCGGGUCUUCACGCUGGUCAACCCUCAAUAUCAGUUUAGCGACGAUUACCUGGAGUGCGUCAGUAAGCACGCCGAACAGCUGCAGCCGUUUGGAGACGUGCCCCGCAAACUGCGCGUACAGGUAUCCAGGGCAUUCAUUGCUGCAAGGGCGCUAUCUCAGGGCUUGGCCCUCGGUCGAGAUAUUGUCAACAAAGCCACAAAGAUGACUCCAGCCUCUGCGUGCGUGCGUGGCCUGAUGCGUCAGUGGUACUGCCCGCUGUGUCGAGGAAUGCCCUCCCUGCGUCCGUGCCGUGCCUUCUGCUUGAACGUGAUGAAAGGCUGCUUAGCCAAUCAGGCUGAUCUGGACACUGAGUGGGACUAUUUCGUUGACGCCCUCUACCAGGUGGCGGAGAAACUGGAGGGGCCGUUCAACAUGGAGCUGGCGGCGGACUCCAUUUCCGUCAAAGUGUCCGAAGCCAUCAUGCACAUGCAAGAAAACAGCGUCAGCAUCUCCACCAAGGUGUUCCAGGGUUGUGGAAACCCUAGACCUGCUCAAGCACGCUCCAAGCGCUCACUCAACGAGUCAGGGGGCAACAGGAGACCUUUCCGCACUUACACUCCCGAGGAAAAACCGACCACGGCUGCAGGCACCAAUCUGGACCGACUAGUUACGGAACUGAAACAGCGCCUUCGGCCCAUGGGGAGCUUCUGGGUGUCCCUCCCACACACCAUCUGCAACGAUGAAAAGAUGGCUGCCGACGUCACUAAUGAGGACCGCUGCUGGAACGGGCAGACCAGGGGGAGAUAUCUGGCGGAGGUGACCGGCGACGGGCUGGCGAGCCAGCUCAACAACCCCGAAGUGGAGGUGGACAUCGGGCGGCCCGACGUGAAGACCAGACAGUUGAUCAUGGAGCUGAGGGUGGCCACCAACAAACUGAGACACGCACAGAGUGGACAGGACAUGGACUUCAUGGACAGUGAGGAAGGCAGCGGUUCAGGGGGCGGCGAUGCCAGCGAGCGCUACAACGACGACUGGCCGGGAUACGGGCCUCAGUCCCCUCCUUUCAGACAGCCCCCUCGUAACCCCUCGUCCAACCCCGCCAAGCCUCCUCGGGUCCGAGAGAGAAACGGGCCCAAGGGCAACCGGAACCACGGCAGAGUCCCUUCUGCAACAAGUCAGCUCACUUCCUCCCGUCUUCUUUUGUUCUUGCCACCUUUGGUGCUCAUUGUGGCUCCCUGGUGGAGAUAG